AUGGCUUCAAGUCCUGCAGACGGCCCGAAACCAGACCAAUAUGCUGACCCGUUAGCAACAUCACCGGACCAGCUCGCCUUUUUGCCCCACGACAAUGCUGGCGCUAAACUGAACGCCAUUAUCUGGGUCCUGACUACGAUCUCUGGCCUCAUCCUCGCGCUGCGUGUAUACUGCAGAAUUAUUCGGCGGCGAAGCCUGUGGUGGGAUGAUGCAUUCCUCAUUGCAGCAUGGAUCUGCAUUACCGUCGAGUCCGCCCUUCUCACCCAUUUAACGACGCUCGGUUAUGGGCUGCACAUCUGGGACUUUGAUGUCUUGGAAAAAAUGCCUCGCCUCCUUGCCCCCAUCAAUGCAGCUGGCACCUUCUCCGUCACGGCAGCGAUCUGGUCCAAAACCAGUUUCGGAAUCACACUCAUCCCCCUGACCGAUGGUUGGGCGAAUAAGGCAACCUGGUUCAUCAUCAUAACCAUGAAUAUAGCCAUGGGUCUGAGUGCUCUAUUCCCCUGGGUCAACUGCACACCGUUCAUUCGGGGUUUGCAGAUGAAGAAGAAGGAAAAGGUUGGGGUCGGUAUCGCCAUGAGCAUGGGUAUCUUCGCCGGGAUCACAGGUCUUAUCAAAGUUAGCCAGAUCCCCAUGAUGCUUUCGGAUGAUUUCGCCGAUGGGGUUGACCUUUGGCUUUGGGGCAACGCUGAGACGACCGUCACCAUCAUCGCUGCCAGUAUUCCAAUGCUUCGGGUCAUGGUCCGGGACGCCACAAACUCGCGACGGGCUUACGGUACAGCCGACUCUUACAAAGAAAGCGGGCUGGGCUCUGGGAAGCGGAACAUGAGGGUCGUGACCAUCUCAAGCGGCCCAAUGGCUAGCGAUGCCGAGAUGGCAAAACAAAUCAACGACGACGACAGCGAUAAGGGUAUCCUCGAGGACAGCCAGGAAGCCAUGAAGAUGGGUCGAAUCGUGAAAACGAACGAUUUUGAAAUCAACUCCUCGUCACAGGAGGCACCAAUGUCUCAGGAAUCGCAACUCAACCACGAUGCCCUCCGCGAGUCCGCGCGGUAUGCCAGAACAGGUAUUGCCCCGCCUCCGAAGGUGGACAAUCGCAGUCGCUUCAAGGGCUUCAUUGACCGUAUCAACAAACGGCAGUGGGAGCUCCUGAGCGAUGCUGUGCAGAGCAGAGUGGCAUACAACAAGCACGAGCUAUCGCUGUACGAGUUUUCCCAGCUCUUGAAGCAGGAGUUCACCCCCAAGACCAACAUCACCAUGGACAUUGUCGCUUCGGUGGGCGGGGACGAGGCCAUGGACGGGCCCGUCGGCGCUCGCUUACGUGUCAAGACACUUGUCAUGGAGGGCGAGGGCCCAUGCCUACCGUCUGCAUCUCGGCAACAUCUGGAGCACGCCAGGCACAUGUUUGUGUGUUUCACCGAGAACAAGAUCAGCCAGGUCUACGACAUUUCGGACGACAGCGAGAAGCGUAGCUUGGCCCGGGCCAUUACGCCGCCGCCUAGUCUGCGUCCGCCGCCGCCCCGGUCAUCGAUCGGCAUGCGGCAGUUUUAUACCGAUUACAUUGCCUGCAUCAACGGCGGGAGAAUGGAAGAGGAACUGGACCAGUUCUGUAAGCCUUCGGGCGUCAUCUGGAACGGCACUCAUAUGACGGUCAAGAAGUACGGCGAGAUGAUUCAGAGCAGCCUUGACGCGAUAUCGGGACUUUUCUUCGACAUACAUACUUUGGUCGUGGACGAGAAAGGGCAGCAGUUGGCUUCUCGAAUCGAGUUCACCGGGACUCCCGUGAAGCCAUUCGCCGGAGGGGUUCCGAACGGACGAUCGGUGGCGUUUUCCGAACAUGUUUUCUAUUGGCUCGAGCAGGGCAAGAUUUCCGAUGUGUUGUCAAUCGUCGACUGGGAAGAGUACAGGUCGCAGCUUGCCCGCUGA